GGAAAGAAACUGAAAACUGGUAUUAUAAGCAACAUAUUGACAAGAAUUCACUAUCUAAAUUUAUGAAGGAUCUUAUUCAUGAAACUGGCAUUGAAAUUGAUAGCUUAUUAACUAAUCAUUUUGGGCGAAAAAUAUCAGCACAACUAAUGCAAGAUAUAAAUGUAGAAGAACAAAUUAUUAUGAAUAUUACUGGACAUCGAAGUGUUGAUGCAAUACAAAAAUAUAAAAUGCCAAAUGAUCAACAAAAAAUGGGUAGAUAG